AUGGGGCCAAUAAAUAUUGCGAAAGAAAACGCAGCUUGGACAGGUGUCCGCAACUACGUUGUUAAUCGGGCUGCUACUCGCGCUGCUUUCGAGGCUGAAGAUCCAACGACGGCAGGACCAUGGCAAUACAAAUGGCUUUCUGAAGAGACAGAUGGCUCUAUUAAUUCUACUAGAUGCAACAACGUCAAUGUUUCCGGUGCGGCGUAUUGUCAGGCCAAUCCUGAAACCGAUACUCAACCAUGUGGCCGACCGAAAACAUUUGACCUUUACUGUUGUCCUCCAGGGACUAGUAGCGCCCCAGAAGCUCUCAAACAAUGCAAGGCCUGA